UCGGCUCUUCUGGCCUCACAGACGCCGCAGCAGACGGAGCCGCCGCCUCCUGAGGGUCCUCCGGGGAGAGCGCCUGCCGCCCAGCCGUCGACGCCGCGAAACCCCCGCGCGACCCAGCCUCGCGCCAUGGCCUCGGGAGCCGAUUCAAAAGCAGAUGAUUUAUCAACUGCGAUUCUCAAACAGAAGAACCGUCCUAAUCGAUUAAUUGUGGAUGAAGCCAUCAAUGAAGACAACAGCGUGGUGUCCCUGUCCCAGGCCAAGAUGGACGAGCUGCAGCUGUUCCGAGGCGACACGGUGCUGCUGAAGGGAAAGAAGAGGAGGGAAGCAGUGUGCAUCGUUCUGUCGGACGACACCUGUUCGGAUGAGAAGAUCCGCAUGAAUCGAGUCGUGCGCAACAACCUGCGCGUGCGCUUGGGGGACGUCAUCAGCAUCCAGCCUUGCCCAGACGUGAAGUACGGGAAGCGCAUCCACGUCCUGCCGAUCGACGACACGGUGGAGGGCAUCACCGGCAACCUCUUCGAGGUGUACCUCAAGCCGUACUUCCUGGAGGCCUACCGCCCCAUCCGGAAGGGGGACAUCUUCCUGGUGCGCGGGGGGAUGCGGGCCGUGGAGUUCAAAGUGGUGGAGACGGAUCCCAGCCCCUACUGCAUCGUGGCUCCGGACACGGUCAUCCACUGCGAAGGGGAGCCCAUCAAGCGUGAGGACGAAGAGGAGUCCUUGAACGAGGUGGGCUACGAUGACAUCGGUGGCUGCAGGAAACAGCUGGCUCAGAUCAAGGAGAUGGUGGAGCUGCCUCUGCGUCACCCGGCCCUGUUCAAGGCCAUCGGGGUGAAGCCACCCCGCGGCAUCCUGCUCUACGGCCCCCCGGGCACCGGGAAGACCCUGAUCGCCCGGGCUGUCGCCAAUGAGACCGGAGCUUUCUUCUUCUUAAUCAACGGUCCCGAGAUUAUGAGCAAAUUGGCUGGGGAGUCAGAGAGCAACCUGCGGAAGGCCUUCGAGGAGGCAGAGAAGAAUGCCCCUGCCAUUAUCUUCAUUGACGAGCUGGACGCCAUUGCCCCCAAGAGAGAGAAGACCCACGGGGAGGUGGAGCGGCGCAUCGUGUCCCAGCUGCUGACCCUGAUGGACGGGCUGAAACAAAGAGCCCACGUGAUCGUCAUGGCAGCCACCAACAGGCCCAACAGCAUCGACCCCGCUUUGCGGAGAUUCGGCCGCUUUGACAGGGAGGUGGACAUCGGGAUCCCCGAUGCCACUGGCCGUCUGGAAAUUCUUCAGAUCCACACCAAGAACAUGAAGCUGGCCGAUGACGUGGACCUCGAGCAGGUGGCCAACGAGACCCACGGCCACGUGGGCGCGGACCUGGCGGCGCUCUGCUCGGAGGCCGCGCUGCAGGCCAUUCGGAAAAAGAUGGACCUCAUCGACCUGGAGGACGAGACCAUCGACGCCGAGGUGAUGAACUCCCUGGCCGUUACCAUGGAUGACUUCAGGUGGGCCCUGAGCCAGAGCAACCCGUCGGCCCUGCGGGAGACCGUGGUGGAGGUACCCCAGGUGACCUGGGAGGACAUCGGGGGGCUAGAGGACGUGAAACGAGAGCUGCAGGAGUUGGUGCAGUACCCCGUGGAGCACCCAGACAAGUUCCUCAAGUUCGGCAUGACCCCCUCCAAGGGGGUGCUGUUCUACGGGCCCCCCGGCUGCGGCAAGACCCUGCUGGCCAAAGCCAUCGCCAACGAGUGCCAGGCCAACUUCAUCUCCAUCAAGGGCCCCGAGCUGCUCACCAUGUGGUUUGGCGAGUCGGAGGCCAACGUCCGCGAGAUCUUCGACAAGGCCCGCCAGGCCGCGCCCUGCGUCCUGUUCUUCGACGAGCUGGACUCCAUCGCCAAGGCCCGAGGCGGCAACAUCGGGGACGGCGGCGGGGCCGCGGACCGCGUCAUCAACCAGAUCCUGACCGAGAUGGACGGCAUGUCCACCAAGAAGAACGUCUUCAUCAUCGGGGCCACCAACCGGCCCGACAUCAUCGACCCCGCCAUCCUGCGUCCCGGCCGCCUCGACCAGCUCAUCUACAUCCCGCUGCCCGACGAGAAGUCCCGCGUGGCCAUCCUCAAGGCCAACCUGCGCAAGUCCCCCGUCGCCAAGGACGUGGACCUGGAGUUCCUGGCCAAGAUGACGAACGGCUUCUCGGGGGCCGACCUGACGGAAAUCUGCCAGCGAGCCUGUAAGCUGGCCAUCCGUGAGUCUAUCGAGAGCGAGAUCCGGCGGGAACGGGAGCGACAGACCAACCCUUCAGCCAUGGAGGUGGAGGAAGAUGACCCGGUGCCCGAGAUCCGCCGGGAUCACUUCGAGGAGGCCAUGCGCUUCGCCCGGCGCUCCGUCAGCGACAACGACAUCCGGAAAUACGAAAUGUUCGCCCAGACCCUCCAGCAGAGCAGGGGCUUCGGCAGCUUCAGAUUCCCCUCGGGGAACCAGGGCGGGGCCGGCCCCAGCCAGGGCAGCGGAGGCAGCGCGGGCGGCAACGUGUACAGCGAGGACAACGACGACGACCUGUACGGCUAAGGGCGGCCGGCGGGGAGCGAGUGCGGGGGGCUCGGGGCCCCAGGCUUGCGCGGGGCCGCCCUCCGCCGGGCGGCCCUCCAUCCACCCCACAGCGCCAGUGGCGCAGCUGCAGCCGGACUCUGGACAGGCGAUUUCUGUUGCAAAAAAAAAAAAAAAAAAUUCAAAGCAAAAGCGAUAAAAUAAAGGCGAUUUUCAUUUGGAAGGCGGAGAGUGAAUUCCCGGUGGGAAGCGGGGCCGUGACCCGCGCCCUUUCUGCCGCGUGUCGGGCGGGCGCCCCGCUCCCCGGGAGCCGUAAUCCAAACUCCUCGACUCCGCCCCGCUGCCCCCGCCGUCCCCGGGCGCGGGAUCGGGCCCGGCCGCUAUGUUUCCGUAGUGAGUAGGUUGGUUUUAUUUUACCUGCUUUUUGAAUUCACGGGAGAAGAGCAAUUAAUCGCAAGCAGUUUCUAAACCGAGCGAGACGAACGUUGUACGACGACAAUAAAAGGUUGGGUGAACUCGG